AUGACCAGGGGUGCUUGGAUGCGUCGGCAGCAUGAUGAAGGCUUAAAAUACUGGUUCGCACCCCGAGAGAACGAAAAGCCAUUCACCGAAUCGGAGCGGGCCCAGAGAUGGCGCCUGUCGCUGGCCUCUCUACUCUUCAUCACCGUCCUGCUCUCUGAUCACUUGUGGUUCUGCGCGGAGGCCAAAUUAACGCGGACCCGGGACAAGCGUUGGGACGAGGGGCUUGCAGUCACGGACAUGGGCGAAUACUCCCUACUUUACCCUAAAAUGACACCCCACCCCUACCGACUCGCCGGAGAGCCCACAAACACUAUUUUUCUAGAGAAUUCUACCAAACCUCUGCGGCGGAUGGACACCUGUCGCCCGGACAGUGUGUCCAAAGACUGCUAUACUUUCACGGACGCCAAGACCGUGUGCCGGGGCCUCUCCAACACAGGGGACAACGGAACACAGUUUGCCUACGUAAAUCUGAGCGAUUUGUACCUUUCUUUUUGUAAUUCCUACUCACUUUUGGAUUUGUUUAACGGGUUUACGAGUGUGAACAAUACAAAUUGCACGAGCCUGGACGAGCAGGGAUGCGCUGAGUGUGUGGAGGCUUUCCAGCUGCUGGACCAGCAGGCAGAGGACAACUAUAAAGAGUUUGAGACCCUCAUCACAAAAUACGAGACGGAUGUGUACUCCGUCAGGACCUGCAUGGAGGAAUGCAAGAUGGUCUACAAGCCGUGGCUGUGCUCUCAGUACUUCCAGACCAACCAGUACCACUGCACCAAUCGGAUCCCCUGUAACCAGUACUGCUUUGAGGUGCAGCAGAGGUGCCCCUUCAUCCUGCCUGACAAUGAUGAUCUCAUCCACGGAGGCAGCCCCAGUUUUGUAUGCACAGGGCUACUGGAGGACUAUCCAUCAGGUGUGGACCCGCGCUCUUACUGCUGCGAUGUGCGGUGGGACUUGAGAGUGGACAACCGCUCUCUGGGGAGCCUGAAAAGGACUCACCCGCCAUGCCAACACCGAACCUCCCUGAGCUCAGCGGCCGCCUGCAGACUGUGUAACAGCCGCCUCAAACUCUGCCUGCUAGUCCUCGUCCUCCUACACACUGUUGCCAGCCUCACUGCAUCCCACAAUGCAACAGGACUGGGCCUCCCCACCAUCACGCCUCUGGAGGAGAGCCCUGCCAAUGAGGAGUGA